ACAACUUGACACAUCCAUGCUUGACGCCCAUGUGAUUGAAAUAACUUCAGAAGGAAAAAGUCAUAGACCCAACGACUAUUUGUGAGCUCACUUUGUAGUAAGUGAAUCCUAAUACAAUAUGUGGGUCUCUUUAUGGAGGAAAUGUGUUCGUCGGUCAUUCUCAGCUCCUAGCAGUGGAAAUACUUAUUAUCAUACCAACAAUGCUCUUUUUUCGGAGAAGAAUCCUGCAAUGAAAAGGCUAAGAACAGUGGCAAUCAAAUCUAAACUAAAACCUGCAUUUUUAAGAGAAAAGGCAACUAAAGACAUCGUGUGGAGCAGCGAGGCACCCAGGCAUCUCGAUAGAAGAGUCACUGUAUCACCUGAACUCAAAAAACUGUCUCUGGAUGAUGAACACACUGCAAAGAGAGAUAGGACUGUCAAGCAAAAAGCAAAAUUAGACCACCUUGAAUUUGUAUUUGGGAUAUCUCCUUGCUUACUGGCUAUUACACAUGGAAGAAGAAGGAUUUUGGGACUGUUUGUGAAGGAAGGGGACACUUCUCUGAGAGCUUCUGUUUUGAAGGUUUGUGAAGAGGCUCAAAGACAUGGAGUGCCAAUUCACCAUGCCAGUAAAAAGGACAUUGAUAAAAUGGCUCCAGGGCGUGUACAUCAAGGAGUAUGUCUACAAGCAAGUCCCCUUACUUAUGUCACAGAGGAAAAGUCAAGUCAAAGUUGGCUCCUCCCCAGAAAAAAUAAAAACAUGCCACUUUGGCUGGUUUUAGAAAGUGUACAAGACCCAAUGAACUUAGGUGCCAUUUUGCGGUCAGCCUAUUUUCUUGGUGUAGACAGAGUAGUAAGCAGCAUUUCUCAAAGCUGUCCCUUGUCCCCAGUUGUGAGCAAAGCCAGCUCAGGUGUCAUGGAGGUGAUGGAGGUGUAUGGAUGUAAAAAUCUUGGUGAAUUGCUGAAAUCGAAGCAAGCAGAGGGCUGGGAUGUGGUCGGGACAGUUGGGGCGGAAUCAAGAGAAUUUUGUGUUACCAAAUGUUCCGAUUUUACUAUGUCUAAACCCACCUUAUUGUUGAUCGGUGGUGAGGGUGGAGGCCUUUCGCAGGAGCUACAAACUCACUGUCAUACCCUUCUAACCAUUCCUGCAGGAAGACCACUGUUCUCAGGGAUAGAGUCACUCAAUGUGUCAGUAGCAACUGGUAUUCUGCUUCACUCUUUAUUGUAUUCAAGAUGUUCAAACAAACCAUUGUGAUGAAUACAAGUGUGCUGUCAUUACUUACAUUACAUUACAUUACUCACACAGGCCCAGGUCUAAAGGGGUGCACCCUCACUUCAGGAGCCUAAAAUAAUUCCACUUAAUUGCAGCGUAUUAUGUUUGCACCUCUUUAAAUCUUGGAUGCACCCUCAGUCGGUUUGGUCUGCAUCCGGGCAUGGUGACAUUUUAAUUGAAAUUACUGUG